AUGCCACCUAAAAUCCCAGCGCUGCGGCCGCGCAGCAUAAUACCGUCCUCAUCCGCGCCGUGCACUCUCCUGCCACGAUGUUCCGUCUUGCUCCCAUCAACCUCAGCAUUAAAGCGUUCGACUGCCCUAGGCUUCUCAACUACGACGUCACGCUCUAUCCGCCCCGUUCAACCUCCUCGUCCCGACCGCUUCAACAUUGGACCCGGUCUGCCAAUCCUCGAUGGCUCGCAAGCAGGUGCACUUCAGCGCAAAGCCGCUACCACUCCUUUGCGCACAGGAGUGCUUGCUAUCAAAAAGGGCAUGACGGCACUGUACGAUGCCGAAACGGGCAGACGCACACCUUGCACUGUUCUACAGCUGGACAGGCCCCAGGUUGUCUCGCACAAGACUCGCCAGCAGCACGGAUACUGGGCCGUCCAAGUCGGCAGCGGCUGGAAGCAUGCGAGUAACGUCACACGGCCAAUGCUCGGGCAUUAUGCAGCAGCGGAGGUCUCGCCCAAGCGUCACCUUGCUGAGUUUAGAGUGAAGGAUGAGGACGGCCUGUUGGCUGUAGGCGAAGUGAUCAAGGCGAAUUGGUUCCAAGAGGGUCAAUUUGUGGAUACGAGGAGUAACAGCAGGGGAAUGGGCUUUGCUGGUGGUAUGAAACGACACGGUUUCAGCGGUCAACCUGCUUCGCACGGUAUUUCCUUGACCCAUCGUUCGCUCGGUUCGGCAGGUCAGUCCCAAGGCGGUGGUUCCAGAGUGUAUCCCGGCAAGCGCAUGGCUGGACGUAUGGGCAAUGAGCAAGUCACCGUGCAGAAUGUCAAGGUUCUUAAGGUCGAUGAAGAGAAGGGCCUUGUUAUCGUGAAUGGCGCCGUUGCCGGUCCCAAAGGCUGCAUCGUCAAGAUCCAGGACGCCAUCAAGAAGCCCUGGCCUGAGAUUCACACCAGCCCGCCAUCUGCCCAGGAUGCUGCCGAUAUGUUGAAGGCUACUGCUUAA